UCAAAAUUUUGAAUCUGAGUCAAUUGAAUCAAAUCGGGUCAAUCCGCUAAAUUAAUUACAUAGGGACAAAAUCUAGUAACUUUAAUAAAUUGUCCUUUGUGGUUACAACACAUAAUACAAGGAGGGAAAACAAGAUUUGCAAGGAAAAAAAAUAAGACCCUAAAAAAUUAAAGAGAGGAGCAACCCCACCCACAUACAUAGUUGCACACCUAGAAAGGGUAAGAACAAGGAAAAAACACUAGAAUCCUUCCCUUCUUGGAAUUCCUAAAAUUAACCCUUCUUUUAUUUAUUUUCUCUGUCUUCUUGCUUUUGCUCUUUCUUUCAUUCCUUCUUCACAGCAACAACAAUUCAGCCGUACCCAAAUCAGAUUUUUUUUUAAAAUUUGUGGGUCACCUUCAAAUUAUAUAGUAUUAUUAAAAAAAAAUAGUAUUAUAAAAAAAAUAGAAAAAAAAAGUAGCUUUUUUACUCCCUCAUUCGAAAGAUUUCAUCUUUGGAGUUGUUCUUAACUCCAUUGAGUUUGCAUGUCAGAGUUUCAGAUUUUCUGAGUUGGAAGGGAUGAAGAAUUUGAAAUUUGAAGUAGAAAUUGCUUAUUUUGCUUUCGCUAUUUUGACUCAAAAGCAGCAAACACACUAGAAUCAAGGUAAGAGAGAGAAGAUAAAAGAGAGGGUUUUUGGAAAUCAGAUUUUAAUUCUAUGCAUUCUCAACUAACAAGUAACAACUUACAGCUUUUUUAUCCCUUUACCAAAUAAACAAAAGUUGGCUCCACUUUUCUUGACUAUUUACAAGUUUAUUACCCUUGUCAAAUUUGUUUUCUUUUUUGUUUGGUAAGAAUUUCAAAAGAAAAGACAUCAGAAAAACAAAAAAUAAAAUUAGGAAAAACUCUGUAUAUUUUGUUUGGUGUAAUAUUGGUGUGGGUUUGUCGGUUUUAUUACCAGCAAAACAAAAAAAAAAAAAAAAAAAAAAAAAUGGCAAACAGAUGGUGGGCUGGUAAUGUAGCUAUGAGGGGAGUUGAACACAUGUCCUCUGAUCAAACUAAGUCUGAACACCAAGAUAUUGAUGGUAGCAAUGGAAACCCGAACCCGGAUUCGGACGAUAGCCGGGAGAAUAAUCAGGAGUCUGAGGAUAAUCACAAUCUUAGCAGUGGUGGCGGUGGCGGAGGCGGGUUUGAAAUGGUGGAAUUUGGGAGUGGUGGGAAUAGUGGUGGUAGUAGUGGUAGGAGGCCUAGAGGUAGACCACCAGGGUCUAAGAAUAAGCCUAAACCUCCCAUUGUUAUUACUAAAGAAAGUCCUAAUGCUUUGAGGAGUCAUGUUUUGGAGAUUAGUACUGGUGCUGAUAUUGCUGAUAGUUUGGCUAAUUUUGCUCAGCGCCGACACCGGGGUGUGUCGGUGCUCAGCGGGAGUGGGAUUGUUACGAAUGUGACACUUCGCCAACCGGCUGCUCCGGGUGGUGGUGUUACGCUUCAUGGACGGUUUGAGAUUCUUUCCCUUUCGGGGGCGUUUCUCCCGUCCCCAUCACCACCUGGAGCAACUGGGUUGACGGUCUACUUGGCUGGUGGCCAAGGGCAGGUUGUUGGGGGUGGUGUUGUUGGGCCUCUGGUGGCAUCAGGUCCUGUGUUGGUUAUUGCUGCUACUUUCAGCAAUGCUACAUAUGAACGGCUCCCGGUUGAAGAUCAGGAGUCCAAUGCUGCAGGACCUGAGGGGAACGGUGGGGAGGCGGGAGGAGCGCAGCCCGAAGCAAUUCAGCAGGUGGGAGCCACAGGCGGUGGCGGGUCAGCAUCUCAGCAGUCACACGGGAGUGGAAGUGGGAUGGUGGCAGGAGGGGGUACACCAGCAGCUGCAGCUGCCGCAGCCCCGGCAGGUGAUCAAAGUACGUCUUCAAUGCCAAUGCCUAUAUUUAAUAUGCCUCCUAAUUUGCUUCCGAAUGGUCAGAUGCCUCAUGAUAUGUUUUGGGGUCCUCCUCCUCGCCCUCCCCCUUCUUAUUAACGGGGAACUAUAAAGGGCGAGAAAUUUUGAAUUUUGUGGUUGAUAUGUUAGCUUUGGGGUGGACUAACAACAUUUUGUCAAAAGAAUUAGGAGUGCAUGCUUAAAUUUGUGGUUAGCUCUUGUAAGAAUUAGCUAGGAUUUCAGUGGAAAAUUAGCAGAUUAGGACUUCUUUUUAUCCUUUUAAUGGUAGCAGCUGCUAGCAGAUCGAUGAUUAAUUAGGUGUAUGUUAGAGAACUCAGUUUGAUGAUCUUUGUGAUAUUAACAGUUUUUUUCAUAGUUGUUCGAGAUUGAUUAAUUAGUUUGUUGUUGAAGUCAUAGUUAUUCAGUUGUAAUGUUUGCUAGCUUUGUUGUGGAUAUUGAUAUCUACUGAUCUAGUUUGCAUCUUAA